GCAGACUUUCAGCAAUCCUCCUUCCUUACGCACGAUCCUCAGCAGUCAGAAUAUUUGAAAGACACAUAGAAGCGACCACUUCUGGUUUGAAUUCUUCUUUGCAAACCAGUGAAAGAUCGAAGGAGAGUACUUUUUAAUCUUUUUUUUAUGUUUUUGAUUUUUUUUUUUAAUUAAAGGAUUGAAAUCUGUCAAUCAGACUGUGCGCCCUCAUAGGCUGUCACUACAGUCUUCGGGCUCCAACUCUUGGACGCAGAAAGGCGGACUUUUAUUUCUUCUUUUAGUUUAAAAAGCAUCCCUUGGAUUAUUUUCGCAUGAAUCUCCUCGAUCCAUACCUGAAGAUGACAGAAGAACAGGAGAAGUGUCACUCCGACGCUCCCAGUCCCAGCAUGUCUGAGGACUCCGCAGGUUCGCCUUGUCCGUCCGGCUCCGGUUCGGACACCGAAAACACCCGGCCGUCCGACAACCAUCUCAUCAGGGGGCCGGACUACAAGAAAGAGGGUGAAGAAGAGAAGUUCCCCGUGUGCAUUAGAGACGCGGUGUCCCAAGUGCUCAAGGGCUACGACUGGACUCUGGUGCCGAUGCCAGUACGCGUCAACGGCUCGAGUAAAAGCAAACCUCACGUCAAAAGGCCCAUGAAUGCAUUCAUGGUCUGGGCUCAGGCAGCGCGGAGGAAACUGGCCGACCAAUACCCGCAUUUGCACAACGCAGAGCUCAGCAAAACUCUUGGAAAACUUUGGAGGCUCCUUAAUGAGGUGGAGAAGCGGCCGUUUGUGGAGGAGGCUGAGCGACUGAGGGUCCAGCACAAGAAGGAUCAUCCCGACUAUAAAUACCAGCCCAGGCGGAGAAAAUCUGUCAAGAACGGUCAAAGCGAAGCGGAGGACAGCGAACCGACUCACAUCUCUCCAAAUGCGAUCUUCAAAGCGCUGCAGCAGGCCGACUCUCCUGCGUCCAGCAUGGGCGAGGCGCACUCUCCAGGAGAACAUUCAGGUCAGUCACAGGGGCCACCAACACCCCCAACAACCCCCAAGACAGAUCUUUCUUCCAGCAAAGCUGACCUGAAGCGCGAGGGCCGCCCAGUGCAAGAGGGGACCAGCCGCCAGCUCAACAUAGACUUUGGCGCUGUGGACAUCGGUGAGCUGAGCAGCGACGUCAUCUCCAACAUCGGCAGCUUCGACGUCGAUGAGUUCGAUCAGUACCUGCCCCCUCACAGCCACGCUGGGAUGACCGGCACAGCCCAGACCAGCUACUCCAACAACUACGUUAUCAACAGCUCUGCCGUUGGCCAGACAGCCAAUGUUGGAGCCCAUGCCUGGAUGCCCAAACAGCAGCAUUCUUUGGCCACCAUCGGUGGGGGUGGAGAUCAAAGCCAACAGGGUCAACAGAGAACCACUCAGAUCAAGACGGAGCAGCUGAGCCCCAGCCACUACAGCGAGCAGCAAAGCUCCCCACAGCACGUCAGCUACGGGUCCUUCAACCUGCAGCACUACAGCACCUCUUCUUACCCCUCCAUCACAAGAGCACAGUAUGACUAUUCAGACCACCAAAAUAGUGCCAACUCUUACUACAGCCAUGCAGCUGGUCAAGGCUCCAACAUGUACUCCACCUUCAGCUACAUGAGCCCCAGCCAGAGGCCGAUGUAUACCCCCAUCGCUGACAGUACUGGGGUGCCAUCUGUGCCACAGACCCACAGUCCACAGCACUGGGAGCAGCAGCCCAUAUACACCCAGCUGUCCAGACCGUGAGGCUGAGCACUGACUGACUAACACUCACAGACUUUUCUCAGUGAUCUUUACUCCACCCCUCCAUGCACCCUUCAUUGCCAA